CUGUGCAGGUGCUGUGUGCAGCAAAGCAUUGUAUAAAGGCAGGCUGAGCACAGUCACAGCCACUGAUCCUGAUCCUGACAGCCUGUCACUGGGACUAUGACUGGCCAUCACUGCUGGGGAUAUGGAGAGGAUGACGGUAGGAAUAAACCAUUCUAAUCCCUUUAUUUCUGUAGCUGAACCUCUCUCUGCCUAGCACAUUCCUCCCUGCAUUAGCCAGGCAUCACAGCAGUGCAUUCCUCCACUCUCCAUCCUUCUAACUUGUUACAUUGUACAUUCCAUGCCAGGGGUUAACAGGAGGGGUAGGUGGUCCUGCAUGGUAUGAGAGGGAGCUCACCCACCUGGCAUGGAAGGAUGGAGCGAUAGCACAGACUGGGCAAGGGAUUGGCAAAUAGCAGCAGCCUGGGAUUGGAAGAGGGACUACUAGUGAUGGCUAAGCUUGGCAUCCCCGGUGUAUGGACUACAAUUCCCAAGAUCCCCAGCCAGCAGGAAAGAUGCUCAUUGAUAUCAGGGAUGCCAGGGGGCUGCAUUCAGUAAGUGGGGGUGGGGGGGGGGGAAAUGCGGUAUUUGAUGGAAUUAUGAGUUUUUACUGAAAAUCUAAACUGCUAUUACUGUGUUAAUAUUUCUAUAUAUAAAUAUUUUAUCACGGUGCUAUAAUGGGCAAGGGGUAUGUGUAAGGUUGGUGUUAUAGAGAGAGAAUCAUAGUCUGUGAUCUAAUCUGCCUUUUCCUGAAAACUCGCCCAAUAUAGACAGGCACUUUGGUGGAGUGUGUAUCACAUAGUAUGUUAUACUGUAUAGAGACAUCUAUUCCAUUCCAUUACUAUAGCAGACUUGUUACAUUAUUACCAGCUGGGAUAUACCACUUCAUGUGGGGUUUUCUUUCUAUAACUGGGGCCAUGUUGGCAUUAGCCUGGGACUUUGUAACACCUCCAGCAGCAAGGGGGUUAAUCUCUGUCUAUAAAAGCGAAACGUUGAACAUACAAACUCCAGGCACCAUAACCACUACAAUUCACUGAAGGAGUCGUGGAGGUUGGGAUAACCCUGUAAUUGUAAUUUGGUACUUCCAAAUCCGUACAAAUAUUUGAGUUGAAAAUGGGGAAGUGACACUAUCUACCAGUCAGGUCAAUGGCAGAAGGGUGGGGUUUAAUGUGGUUUUAAUGUGUUUUUUGUUCCUUUACUUUGAGAAUUCGGUUUCAUAUAGGGUUAAGCCCUUGAUACUUCUUGUAGUCUCAGACUGACCAUAGACACCUAAUUCGAAUCCGAGGUGACUGUUUGUGUCCUACUUUCUUCUCAAAUUAUUUUAAUUGAACACUUUUAUUUUAUAAAGAACCAAACAGUAUUUUGAUACAAAAUUCUAAACAAUUAAAAUAUGUUGUAAAAUAAGGAGGGAGGGGGACAAAAACAUUGAGGGAAAGGCAAAAUUCCAUUUAUAUGUGUCGAAGAAUAAAUGUUAAUUCUGUGCAAAAUUGGUGUCUGACGCACAGCAUGCUGGUACCAGACUGCCAACGGUGGCGCCCCCGCCCCUCCACCGCACACACCUGGUCAACAACAAGAAUAAAAUCUGUGGAAAGACGAGUAAAAGUUUAAGCAUCAACAGCAUUUGGUGCUUACUAUAUACAGGUAUAUUUACUGUUGCUAAAUACCUACAGUUGAUACAUGAUGCAAGGUCAGCCUUUGAGAUAAAGAGAGGAUACGCCAAACUGAAAUUGGUAUGUGUUUAGGUAAUGGCAAGAUUCUAUAUGUUGGGGGCAUGGAGGGGGGGGUUUAUUUUACCAGUCAGUUUUAGCAAAAAAAGCAUUCAAAAUAGAGCGAUCUACUUAAAGGACCACUAUAUUUCCUGGCACUAUAGGGUCCUUGGGUCCCCCCCACCCUCAGGGCCCCCUCCCGCCGGGCUCUAGGGUGAGGAAGGGGUUAAAUCUUACCUGUUUUCCCCCGCCGGGCUCCCUCGGCGCUGGGGACUCUCCUCCCUCUUCUGAUGUCAUCGGCUGAAUGCGUAUUCAGCCGGUCCAUAGGAAAGCAUUCUCAAUGCUUUCCUAUGGACGCUGGCGUCUUCUGACUGUGAAAAUCACAGUGAGGAGCGCGGAAGCGCCUCUAGCGGCUGUCAAUGAGACAGCCAUUAGAGGCUGGAUUAACCCAUAUUUUCUCUGAAACUGCUAUGUUUACAGCAGGCAGGGUUAACCCUAGAUGGACCUGGCACCCAGACCACUUCAUUAAGGUGAAGUGGUCUGGGUGACUACAGUGGUCCUUUAAUUAAUGACUCUAUGUCCUCCAGGGCUUUGUCUCUGCUACAGUUUUGUGUUAUUUUUUUUUUUUUUUUAUUCUUUAAGUAAUCCGGUGGGAUUGCAGAUACUGUAGCUGAGGCAGUCUUCUUCAUCCCUCUAACUGUAGCAUGAAUUUAAUCUGUGAAUUUUGGCAGGUUCGAGCCUGGGGUUUAAGGAUGGCACAUUUUAAAUCAACUGGUAACAUUAUGCUUUGCAGAGUGCGAUCUGAGGGCAGAAUUCUUUAAUGUAACUCUUGUUUCUUCAGCGCCUCAUUAAAGAAAGCUCACUGUAUCAAAUUAUGCAAAGUUAUUCCCAAAAACUACAAUUUUGCUCACAGCCAACAUGACAUUAUUUUAGUAAAAAUAUCUACAAAAUUGGAAACUCACGACUAAACUGUAAUUACUGUCGACUAUGUUACACCUUCUGAUUAUUGGAGGCGUUUUAUAGAAAACGUGCAAAAUAUUGUCAGCUUUGUCUCUGACUCAUUCCUGGUCUUAACCUUUUGAUUGCCACAGUGGAUUGAGACAAUUCGAAUAACCAUAUGGUGCUCCUAAAAUAUGAAUCCCUUGAAAUCUGUUGAACAUUUUGCCAACUUUGCUCAGUUUUUCAGUUGUUAUUUUAGUCUGAACUGUACAAUCCCCCUACCAAUUCUCCACAAUAAAGAUUUAAAGAUUGGGAAACCAAGGCCAGGAAAUAUCAUUUUUAGAGCAGAUCAGGUUAAUUUAUUUCUGUUCUGUGUAUUAAGACAGAUUUAAAUUUUCCAUUUUAAUUCCUUGGGAACAAAUUGCUGCAGGGGGGCUGUAAUGCCUAUUAACAACAAUAGGGGAUAAAUUAGUUCAAUCUGGCUUCAUGCUGGGAUCACUGAGUCUGGUGUUUAAUAGUCAGUAGAAGUGUCAGAGUGGCAUUUGGAUCAAAAAAAAUGUAGGGUUUCAGCGAGGGAACACGCUUCUGGAUUUAAGUGUAAAUGUUUGUUUCUGGGUAACAUCACUGCUUUACAAACAGGAAAGCCUAGAGUAAAUGGAUUUGCACACAGGCUGCAAAGGGUCUUGAGACCAAAGAAAAAAAUGAUUGACCCAUCCCCCAAGUCCAUGCCUGCUCCCCAAACUCACCCAUUAAUGACCAUCAGUUGUGCCGUUCUUAGACUAAAUUGUUUUCUUUUGCCAUCCUGUGCCCAAAACAUGCCACCAUGUCAAAUCCUUCUGCCUUAUCUCCUUUCCAACCCAGUGCCAACUUUAAGCACCAACCCAGGUAAUUGUCACCAACCCUCAACAAUUACCAGGCAGUGCCCCCAGGUCUCUCUCCUCCUCACACAGUGGCACAAUCUCACGUUCUCCUCCCCAAUCCAGUGCCACUAAUUCGCCUUCUUUGCACCACCUAAUUUUCCUCCGAACACCCGUGCCCCUAUUUCACUGCCCUUGCCCUGAUAUUCUAAUACUGGCAGUAUCCCCCCCACACCCAUUGAAAUACAAUGUUUAACCCCUUAAGGACCAAACUUUUGGAAUAAAAUGGAAUCAUGACAUGUCACACAUGUCUUGUGUCCUUAAGGGGUUAAGCUACUAUGUAACUUGCAACUCCACCUCAAUAUGAACUCCAGUGUGACAGUGUAAGGACACUCCCAGCCCACAGAAAGUAAAUUACCAGAAAGGUAUACGUAUGUACCCCCACCUGAUCAGAUCUAUCUCUAAAGCAGCCUACAUAUUGGGCUGCAGUCCCUAAACCCAGACGUAACAUUUUUUUUAUAUUUUGUCCCACAAUUAUCCCUACAAUGUCUAUUGGUGUACUACUACAAGGGGUCUAUAAAUGUUAACGAUGAUGUAUGCAUAAUGGACAGAAGAACCAUUGUUAAGUAUAAAUGUCUGAAUUUACAAAGGCAGUCGGUAAUGUACAGCUACCUAUACAAAUGUAAGCCCAUUUAAACAUUGCGAUGCAUUGCGGGACGUUUAGUUCAGUAUCAGCCACAAAUGUCCUGCCCUUAGCAUAGAAACUUAAAUCAGUUGGUGACCAAGCAAGCCGCAGGAUGAAAAGACAAUUUCUUCAGGAAAGUAGGAAUCGUGGAGAAUUGACAAGGAUAUUGCAAAUUUAAGGCCAAAAUAGAAAAAACUGCUAGAAUUUUGGAAUUUGCUUCUUAGUUCUUCUCGACAAUUACCAGGUAAGUGAGUUACCGCAUAUAUAUUUAGGAGUGCCCAUAACAUGUAAUACAAUUAUAAUUUUUUUUAAUGCAUACUUUAUGUCUAUAAUGAGUGAGCUGUAUGCCACAAGCUUUAUCAGAAUAUCUGUACCAGCACAGCCAUGAAAAAUGCAUUGAUUUAAAAAAAAAAGUGUUACUGAAUGAAUUGCUGAAUACAUAUUAUAAAUGGUAUCGUCCCAUUGGUACGUACGUUUAUGGUUAUACACAAGGUUGGGUUUCUAGGAGCUUGUAUUAUGUGGUUAAAUUAAGUCUUUUUUUCCUUUGUUUUUUAAUCUCUAGGGCCCUCCGAAUGGCACCGUUAUUUCCCCAUCGCACAGGGAAACCGCCAGUCUCCCAUCAAUAUAAUCGCCAACCAGGCCGUCUUCAAUCCCAGCCUAAACCCCCUGGUUCUCUCAUACGAUCACUGCACCUCAAUCAAUAUCUCCAACAAUGGCCAUUCCGUCAUGGUGGAAUUCGAUGACCUUGAUAAUCAAACAGGUAAAAAGCACAGACUGUUGCCUCACUAUAAACAAUGAUUAUCUACCAGUGACAGGCAACCUUCGGCACUCCAGGUGUUACGGACUCCAUCUCCCAUAAUACAGACAUAAUGCUGGCAAAGCAUCAUGGGAGAUGGAGUCUACAACAGUGGGAGAGACAAAGUUUGCCUCCCCCCAAGAAACAAAUUGAUCGGUCAUUCGAAAACGAUAGCUCUUCUCUCUUUUAGAGAAAAUAAAAUGUACAGCUGUAAUACUGGAUACAGUGAGCUGUGACAAAAUUCACCAAACCCUACAGUAUGUAUUGUUCUCUAAAAAUAUAAAUCAGCAAGUAGCCUACACACCGAAAUCAAGCUGACAGAUUCAUCCUGCUUCACCUUAAAGGGGAACUAUCACUUAAAAAAAAAAAAAAAAUCAAGUCGACGUUCCAGUUCAUCUAUCAACAUGUCUUGAGGAAAGAUCGAUAGACUAACUGAAACGUCGACUUUAUUAUGUGAAACCUUUGUAUCUUUUGGAUUAUAAAUAAAGUAGAUUUAUAAGGAAUCCCUGGAGGUGCUGAUGGUUUUUGCAAAUAUUUGGAAUGUGUGGAUCAAGCACCGGGUAAUUAUAACCAAGCCUUUUGGACGUUUAUUAUAUAUUAAAUAUUAUGUUUUAGCGUUCCCGAAUUCAAUGUAUAUAUAUGUUUGAGCGGUCUAGAAAAUAAAAAUAAAUGUAGAAGGCCAUACUACUGUUUUAAGCUAAAUGUGAGAACAGAGUGCUCUGCCCUUUCCGGUCAUUGGACAUGUUUAUGUCUCUUGUCAAAACAGUGAGAAAAUUGAAAGUAUAUGUGCAGAAAACCGUGAAAAAACACACAAAAUAACACUCUGGUAUAUAUUCUCCUUCAACACACUGAACAAGUAAUGCAAACUGCAAAUCUCAAAAAUAGUGAGAUACAAAGUGUUGAUAUAUUACGACAAUUGUCUGGAAAUGGAAUCAAUACUUGAAUUAAAAAAAAUAAUAGUUUCAGGUAUUAUAAAACAUAAUAAAAAUAAUAAUUUCAGGUACUGAUUCUAUUUCCAGCCCAUUGUCGGAAUAUAUUGAUAUAUGUCUGCAAACUAUUGUGCAAUAGAGAAAGUACUAUUUACAAUACACAAUUAACAUCUUGCAAGUUUUCAAAGAUAUUAUUUGGAAACCUGGUUAUUUGUUGGUGACGUGCGAUGUAUCCUCCUUAUACGCAACAAUUGACCAUAACAAGAGUUGUGAAGCAGUAAUAUUUUUUCUAAAGGAACACUCAAACAUGGAGGUACAACAAAUUGAGGGCAUUAUUGAUGGAAUCACGUUGAUUUUACGUAAUUUCUACUUCUGGUUCAAAAAAAUUGUUUUUUUUUUACUACAAAUCACCGUCAUUGUGAUGGGACCAAGGGGGCCGGUGUAUUUUGCUAAAUGCAGAGAUUAAAUACACGGUGUACAACAAUCUGGGCUGAAUGAGAUAUUGUUCAUUUGAAAUCUCUAAUUAGAUUAAAAUAGUUUCUGCCAGUUGUUAAAUUGCUCCACUGGGUAUUUUGGAAAUGGGUUAUGAAAGAUUACCUUUCUUAAUUGUAAUAAAUCCAGUGUUUGUUCCCUGAUUGGUACACAUUUCCCCAAGCAGUACUAAAUCUCCGCAGAAGAUAAUGAGAUGAUCAGACACGCUGCUACACUCUCUGCCUUGGAGUCCGAUAAAGAAUGCUGAAAGGCUAGCGUCCUCUGCCUUUAACUCAAUAAAGGGGUAUAUUCACUGGAUUGUAGUGAAAUGAAAACCAGAAUGCAAAAUUUGGGAGAAAAUAAGCAAAUUCUGACUACAGCCAAGUUUAAUUUUUUUUCUAAAUGAGCACUAUCUCCCAAAUUACAAUGGUUAUUGAAUGGGUUACAUUAAGCACUCCAAACACCAUAGCCACUAUUUUAACCUGUAGUGAUUAUGGUGCUGGAGUGCCCUGGAGCUCCUCUAUUGUAAAUAGUCAAACUAUUUUAGAUUGGUUUGACUACUUACCUGGAGUCCGCCAGGUGCUGCUGCCUGCCUCUUCUGCCACUUUAGAGAGGGGAGACUCUCAGCUCUGGGCAAAGUCCAGCUGUGGGGGGCACUAGGGCACUCUUGGCACCACAACCACCACAUCACGCUGUCAUUGUUAUGGUGUUUGGAGUGUUUCUUUAAUUUAUAAUUUUUGCAUGCGGUUUUGAAGGUGUGCCAGGGUUUCCUGUAUAAUAUCCCUAUUCCUACAGGUAUUAUAAAAUUCCUUAGUUGAAAUUAGGGGCAACACUUAAUGAGCUAUUUAUUAAAUUAAACUGUCUGUUGGCCAGGUGAAGUAAAGGUCAAGGGAUCAGUAAAUCCAAAGCCAAGGAUGGCUAACUUUGGCAUUGCGGACUACACUUUCCAUCAUCCUUUGCCAGUGUAGUUCACAAACCUCUUUUCAAAUAGCUUUUAUUAAACAAUUUUCAAAACAUAAUUGCAGUGCAAAUUCUAAAAGCUCUCAGAGCAAUGUAGGGAAUAGAGUACAGAAUCAAGCUGGUCACAAGCUCCAAAGGACCAUUCACGUUUAUUCUUUGCCUGCAAGCAAAACAGCUUCGUAUCUUGUUAGUAUCCAGAAGCAGACUCAGAGCUGUGUCCCAGAAUGCAAUGUCAAACUCGGUGACACAAAGUGACAUUCUCUCAUUUCUCUAUACAGUUAUAAGCGGGGGCCCACUCAAUGACUCAUACAGAUUGAAGCAAUUUCACUUCCACUGGGGAACUCACGGCCAGGGAUCGGAGCAUACAGUCGAUGGGAAGUCCUACCCUUGCGAGGUAAAGAAUUGUGUUUGUCAGGUAGAAUUGGUGGUCACAGUAGUAACAACGUCAAAGGACGUGGAAUGUAGUGAGUGUUCUAAAGAAUAUCCACAUGGGUUAAUGUGAACACCUAAAGGAAGUCUCCUAUGGGAAUGCAUAUUGUUAAUAUAAGUAGUAUUUAGAAGGAAUUAAUCAUACAGGAUAAAUAAAAGGUUACCAGUUUGUUGUAGGCAUUUAUUAAACAAUACAAAUGUUUAACCUUAUCUGUAAGAAAUAAACGUGUAUUGUUAAAAGCUUUUUAAUGUGAUCACUGCAUAGACUUCAGUGAAGGCAGUCCCAAAGAGAGCUACAAAUGUGUCAUCUGAAUUAAAGAUUAAAAAAAAAUAAUACCUUUUCUGCCAGUUUCCAAUUAAUUGCACAACGAUUCAUCUUUCUUACUCCGUGUUAAUUGCUAUUCUUAGGAGGGGACAAUUGCCCACACUCAAGCUCUAAUAUGCAGAAGAUCUUAGUCGUUGUUGCAUUUGCAAAGGAGAGAAUUCCAUGCGUCACCUGGCACAGAACCCAAAAAUGUACCCUUAUGGUACACGUCUAGUUUAAUUCUUUAUGCAGCCAGCCCCGCUCCCCAAAUAAACUCCCAAAGAAGACAGUUUGGGAGAGGGGGUGGUAACCCCUCAUCUUGGCAUUAAGCAUGUCUAUAGCAGUCAAAUUAAAUUUGAACAGCGUUAUAGCUCACCGGUCGACAUUAAUUUCUUGAGCAGUCAUCCAGCCCUGCAUAACGACCCGGGCUCCGGAUACACGCCGAAGCUGGGGACACCAUAUCAUAUGCAAACACAAACAUUGAAGCUUCAGGAUACAGCUAAGCGCCGUAAAGCGUAGCAUUUAGUAGAAAAAAGUAAAAUAUCACCCCAGAAAAAGAAACCCUGUUUCUUCUGCUGUUUCUUAAUAAAACAUAGCCCACCAAAUAAAUCACCUGACGCGUUUUGUGUGUAAUCACUCUUAAUCAUAGGCAAUCAUGGGUGGCGCUUACACAUGAAAUGCAUCAGGUGAUUUACUUGGUGAGUUGUGUUUUAUUAAGAAACAUCAGAAGAAACUGGGGCGAUAUAUUACUUUUUUCUAAUAAAUGCGUUUAAUAUACUUACCUCAAUCAUGGAACUUUUUGUGUUUGCAUGUCUAUGGCAGUGCGGGAGCUAAAAAACUAAAAUCUGAUAUAUUGUUAGAACUUGUGGAAUAAAUUGUGAUACAAAGUAUUGAUCAUAUUUAAACUGUCACCUCCAGCUCCACCUCGUACACUGGAACGCCAGGGCGUACCCCACAUUUGAAGAGGCAGCUGCUGCAUCAGAUGGCUUGGCGGUAAUCGGCAUUUUUUUGGAUGUGAGUAUCCUCCUGGUGUGUACAUAAGAAAUCAGAGUACUAAUAAAAUAUGUCAGUGAUAGCAGGGCGACAGUGAAAGGCAGGAGAAAAGGACUACGGCCACCAAGUAAUAAUCUGCAGUGUUUAUCAUGAAAAUUCUGGCAUUAGUUCAAUAUAUAGUUCCAGACAAAAGCAUCAUCUGCUGAGAUAUAUUCUACGAAAACAUCACGCUUAAUUAAAAGGCAAUCCUGUUUUAAUAAGGAUUUUAUCUGAUAAAAAAAAUGUUUUAGUUUUGUAGCAUAAGAAGAAAGCUUCAGAUCACAUUGCUCUGUUGCCUUCGGACACACUGGCCUGGUAGACCCCUCUGUUCACAUCAGACCAAUGCACAUUUCAAAUCCCUCUUCAAGCCAUGCUGUCCAUUUUAGACCAUAUUGUCUGUCUAAGAGCCUUUUGCCCCCACUUAAUACAUCUCUGCUUAAUUCUGAUCAAUACCUCCUUUACCCCACUCCAGAUCUUUCUAACCACACCAGACUUGUCCCUAAACAUGGCAGAUCUACAAGAGCCGAGAAAGUCCAGCGAGUUCAAGAGAACUAUAGACCAUAGUUGUAACUGAAGAAUCCACAGAGAGUCUGUACCUUACUCUACAAAGCUGUGUUCUCAAAGUGAUGAACAGCUUAAAAGACAACUGUCCCCUUAAAACUAUUUUUAAUAUAAUUCUUUCAUCAAGUUUUAAAAAGGAAAUGUAUUCUUUAAUAAAUGAAGUAUAUAUAAAAAAAAUAUAUAUAUUCCCUAAGUUUAGUAUAUAAUAGGAUCCUUCAGCCAUAUACAAGCACCUUGGGUCAGACAGUGUUCGAUUUGUUAGUUGGUCUGAUAAUGUCACUGCAGUGAGUGAAGAAGGAAAGACCAUGUCAUAUCAUGUCUUUGAUGUCAUGUCUUUGAAAAACAAACUGCAAAAUUUAGAGAAAAAUUAAAAAUCUCAAACUCAGCUAUAGUCUUGUGAUGCAAACACGUGACGCAUUUCUUAAAUUACAUACGAUACUAAGACGUGUUUCCCAAACUUUUUUUAUAGACUGGUGGACAACAUCCAGGGCUCAGCAGACUGACCGACGCGUUGUACAUGGUGAAGUUUAAAGUAAGUUUAAAUUCAGUAAAAUAAAAACAAGUUCUUCCAUUUUUUUUUACCCUUAAAUACAUGUCAGCACCGUGAAACCAAGUGUGAAAUAGAAUAGAGGGAUGUGUGUGUGUAUUUUUGUCAGUGUGAAGAUGAGAUUUGUAAUUUCUUAAUGGCGAUAUGUUACAUUUAAGGGGUUACUAAAGCUUAAUUUCUGUACAGUCAAUAUAUUAUACAAGGUUUAGAGAGUCUGCCAUUAUUCUCUGGUACAUUUGUGGCCAAAAUGAACUGCCAAAGACCUACAAAUCCCAGAAUCAUUUAAAACGGACAGAACAUCAAGGAAGUUCUGAAACAUCCGUGGGCUACCCUUGACCAUCUCUGCUACUACAAGAGGUUGCAUUUAAGGCAGGUAACUGGCAGAUUUCUGGUUAAAAGUGAUGAAAUGGCAGUAAUGGAGUGGAAUUGUGUGUGGAAUGACUGGAUAGAUUUCAAUGCCCCAUUCUCUAUCUAGAGGGUAAAAUGCCAACCCAAAAGCCUGGCAAUAAGCUGCGAAACCUAAAGGGCUCCUAGCUAGUCGAGGUGCUCAUCCACUAUGCUAGAGCCAUUUGCACUUGUUGGUGCUUUUCAGGUGUUUGAAGCAGCUUGUGUCAACGCAUUUUACUACUGACCUGACUUGUUCAGCAAACAAACCCUAAAAAAAUAUCAUUAAGCAUUUUUAGACUGCAUUCUGUUUGAACCCUUAAUGUACAAUAUACCCUUACUUAUGUUGCUUACCAUAUCAGUGUCACAAAAUAAUUGCUCCAUUACACGAAUAUGCCAUUAGAUUAAAGCAAACCAAUCCUUUUUUUUGUCCUCAAACUAUUUCAAUGUAUUUACUGUAGGUGGAUGGGUACUUGUUCAUUAUACAAGCACUUUGUUUGGUCAUGGGGUUAUAGUAAAGGAUAUUUAAAUAGCCCAGAUAUAUAUAAAGCACUGGAUAUACAAUCACUGAAUGUCUAGGUUUUCUAUACCCAUGUGUAUUGACAGCACAAUGUAUAGAAGGAGCAGUGAAAUCGGAAAACCAUUCUAUCAAAUUUCACUUCAAACUCUCCUGUUUCAUGUCUUCAAUUUCCUUCUUUGUAUUUGAUUCCUCAAAUAGGUUUCCCAUUGUGCAGAUUUUAUAGUGUUUUGCUUUGUGUUUUGUUUAUUUAAAAAAAUCACAAAAAAACGCCAUUGAUGUCAUUCAAACAGAAAAUACAAUUCUUCUAACAAACCAUUUUCCUCCCGAUAUGUAACAUGAUAUUUUCCAAUUACAUAAUUUUUUAUAAAUUAAAUUUGCAUCCCUUUGGUCUUUAAAAGGGUUAAAAUAUAAUACGGAUUAUGGGCGGAUAUAUUGUUAGAAGCAAAUUAUAGUGAAACGCUCUUUUCCUGGUGUCGGUGUGUUUUAUAAAAUAAUUUUUUGCUUCUAUUAAAAAUUUUUCCAAAAAUAUAUUUUAAACCUUCAAGGUUUUUUUAUUUGAAAAUCCAAAUAAUUAUUUAAAUUCAUGCCAUGUGCUUUCCUUAGAGGUAAAAAAGGAUGCCACAAAGAAUUAGAAUUUAUACGCAACAUAUAAAGGAAUCGACAAACAUACAAAACAAUACACAGAACAUUUAAACAUUUCAUAAAACUCCUAUCAGAAAAAAACCCAAUGAUAUAUUUUGCCAAUUUAUUUUAUUUGAAAGCGUAUAAAAAAAAAACUCUACAAAACUGUCUUAGUAAUGUGGGACAUAAAGAAUAAAACAAGAUUAGAACUAACAAAAAUUGGGUUUCUUUAGCACCGACAGUCUAAGCGCAGUAGUACUAUAGAGUGUAAAAAAAAAAAAAAAAAAAUCAGAGCAUCUCAGCUCUUUCUUCAUAUAAAUGUGUGUUAAUCACCUGUGCAUUAUGUAUGUGUUAUAUAAUUAUAAAUGAAACCGGAUAGAUAUGUGUUAUAGAUUGCAUGUUAGUGAUACAGGCAUUAUACUGUCAAUGUUUUAAAUGUUAUGAAACACCAGAACGUCUUGCAUUGCCGUAUUUCAUUUAGAUUAUGUGUAAGGUUAAUCGUUUGAUCCCUGAAGUUCACGCUUCUUAAAGCUUGUUUGUUUUAAGUGACUUGUUCAAAUAUUCACUCCCGAACAUUAACUGUGUUACAGGGAACUAAGGCGCAGUUUGAUAACUUUAACCCAAAAUGCUUGCUGCCGUCAAGCCUAGAGUACUGGACUUACCCCGGCUCUCUGACCACCCCUCCGCUAAAUGAGAGUGUAAUAUGGAUCGUCUUAAAAGAACCUAUUAAGGUGUCAGAGAAACAGGUAUGUGUGUCUGUGUGGAUACAACUGAUUGUAAGAGUCUAACAUUUGAUCCUAGGAACCACUGGUUUGAAUGAAUUCAGCAGAACGAAAUAAAUGUGACGAUGAUGAUAAAUGUGUUAUAUAUAUAUAUAAGCUGUUCUAUGGGGGAGAUUUUUAAGAAGUGGUCACCAAUGGAAUGUACCUGCUGAUUCCAUUGGUAUCCGCAGUGAUUGAUCUACUUUUAGAACUUUGUGCCACUUUUAUGUUCUCGUCACUUUUAUAAACAAACCCUAAGGUACCAUUUGCCACGGAAAACCCACUGUAGACCCCCAAACCGCUGAGAAGGAUUUUAAAGGUCCCCUGAUUGGAUUUUAAAGGUCCCCUGAUUGGAUCAUACAUUUUGGUAGUUCCACACCUGAUCACAAUGAGAAGAUUCCACAGCCUACCAUGAACGUUGGCUCUGGAAUUGGCUGGUCUAAGUGUCAGCCCUAUGUGGUCAUUCACACCUCCAUGAUUGGUCUGUACCCUGAACUCCAUAGUUCAUAUAACCCUCCCUGCAUUACUCAGCUAAUGUUCUCAAAAUGCAUUCAGCUACUCAAACACACUGCGAGAAGAUUAAAUCAUGCACCCAAUCUCUAUUUGAUUCAUUUAUGCAUUAGUUAUUAAUUAUCACUUGUUUGCCCAUAGAUUGCAAUUGUUCUUUAGGUCAAAGGGUCCAAUGACUCUUACUUUCCAACACACGAAAUGCGAGAGCUACAAAGCGUCAUAGUGUGUACAAAGAAGGCAGGAUGUGUGCGGAGCGCAAUGUGCCGCCUCCUCCUCUUUUAGCCGAGAUAUGGGGUGUGGAUUUGGGAUUGCCUCUGUAAGAAGGUGGAACACCUGUACUAUCAGAAGGUGCAGUCAUGAUUAGGACUCAUUAAUGCUCAUUACAGUAUUCGAUUUCCUGUAUUUUUUAAUGCCUUUACAAAGAGGUUAAAAUAUAGAAAGAAAAAGUUACAAUGUUAUAUGGACUAUAUAAAAAUUUAGCUAAAAUGUCGGAAUUGUAUUUCUUUUUCAGUAAAUAGUCCCCGCAGUAAUUUCUCAGUUGUGUCCCUAGAGGCAUUUCCUACAAAAUUCAGUAACAUUUCUAUAGAACAAGCAAAAUAGAAAUUUAUAUGCAAACUGGAAAAUAUCAAAAAUAGUCUAAAACGAGCCUACAGGAAAUGUUUUGCAGGCAAGAUAUUGAAUUUUAAAAAGUUCUUCUCCUAUAUGUACUUCAAAACCACAUUGUCCAGCAUUUAACAUCCUAAAUCCUUCAUUUUGUAGAUGGACAGGUUCCGGAAGACAUUGCUAUUUUCCGGAGAAGAGGAAGACGAACGAAUUCAAAUGGUCAACAAUUUCCGUCCUCCUCAGCCACUCAAUGGCCGCAAAGUCCAAGCAUCUUUCAAAGGCUAGAUGUAGGACUAGCUCACUCCCGUUCUAAUGCUCUUCCACACCAGCAGCUACCAAAACUUAAUGUCUGUAUAGACCUCCCAGCAACCACAAAAUGCCUUAUUCGUCAUGUUGCAAUAUGAACCUACAAAGUUCCCACACUGUGCAGAGUCUAGACUGCAUGCAACUAGAGUAGUUAAUUUUAUACAUUGUUCUAAAAGUAUCCAGAGUCUAUAUAUACACAUUUUUAUUAUAUAUACAUUUAUAUUUAUAAAUAUAUUAAAUGAACACAAUAGCCAUUAGUCCAAUCACAGUAGCAGAAGCUUUGGGGUUAGACAUACCCAGAUUACUUGGAGUACUGUAACAUUCUUCUUAUGGUUUCUUGUACAAGGUACUAGGCUUUAGGAUGAUCUAUUAAUGCCUGAUAUUAUAUGGACAUUUUAAAUCUCCACAAUGAUGUGUGUUUUUGUGUAAACACUUUCUGGAUUUUAUUUCUUAAACUGGUAUCUGAGAAAUACUAACAAAGGUAGUUGCGGAUUUAAGCCAAAAAUGCCCGAUUCAAAACAUGUUCCUACUUUGGAGCAAAACUUGCAAAACCCCCUUUAGAACUCCCCCCAACUUCCAGUUUAGUUAAAGAACCCCCAGAUUUAUUUUAUUUUUGUGUUGGCCGCUUCAGACUAUAGAUUAUAAUAUCUAUUGUAGACCACUUGCAGGAAAUGUGCAGAAAUUACAUUUAUGAUAUCCAGCAUUGGCCAUUAUUUAAUAUUUUUCAAAGGGAAAAAAGACUUUUACAAUUAAUUUUUUAAAAUAUUAAACUAACAAAAAAU